AUGACAGCAACAACAGACAGAACACACGCUCUUAGAGUCCAAUUCGCUGACCCGAAAGCCGUCUCCAGGCCCAUCAUCACCUACAUCAACGGCGAUGUUUCCUGGCUCAUCUCUCUUCCUCGCCCUGCAUCCGACAAGAGCACCCAGGGCAAAGCAUUCUACCACGCCGUCAUCGAUCCAUGGUUUGGGCAGCCAUCAGUUUUCAUCGCUCCGAUGUUUCUCGAAAUGGCCCUGGGGCGAGAUCCCGGUCUCCCAAACCGCGCAGCAGUCGAUGCCGCCAUCGCGGAAAUCGAGCUUGCAGCGGGAAACUCGCUAGCACCAACGGACGAAGACCCUGCCGUCGAUGCCAUUUUUGUCAUGGGCAGUGCAGAGCACUUCAACCAAGAGAGUCUCCUACAGUUCUCUUCGUCUACACCUUUGUUUGCCAUAGCGGCAGUAGCCAGCACGGCUCACUCGUGGGGCCACUUUGAUACCGUGGUGACGAUGGCAUCGUGUGAUCCAAGUAAAACGCCGUGGGCAGACGGACACCCUGGAGUGCCGUUACCGGAAUGGUUGACUGUGUUCCCGCCUGCGGUGACCAGGUUCAACAAUUUCGGACUUUGCCUCAUCACUUCUGUGAAUCCUGCUGAGAAGGAGAUGAUCCUCAUGGGACCGCAUGGCAUCGGCGCAGACGAAGCUUUCGUUCAUGGAUUCGCGCAGACGGUGAAGAUGCUGGCGUUAAUAGCGCCGCUGAAAGAUAGCUACUCAUUUGGGAUCAAGACCGUGUUGGGUGUUGAAGACGGGCUUGCCCUUGCACGAAGCACGGGAGCGAGGUACUAUGUGCGCAAUGGUGACUUUGUAAGUUUGAAAUACAAGGGAAUCAUUGGGUGGACUGUAAAUGAUGUAUCACAUGAUAUACAAUGGGGGGUUGAUCAGCUUAAAGGAAGGCUUGCCGGGAAGGGGGUCGAAGAGGAACCUACCCUAGUUGAAGUUGAAAAUGGAGGAAGUUAUGUGGUCAUGUAA